AUAGGCGACUAUUGUGUUCUUGGACUGCAGCUGUAUCUCUGCAGGUAUCUAUUGUCGUGGCUUUAUCCUGCAGCUCAUUUGAGAACCGAGAUGGAGGACCAAGACCAAAUAAACAAUGCUGCUCUUAAAGAAGCGUUGGAAAGUGGUAUCGAUUUGCGUCAGUACUCUACACAAGUUGAGCAAAAACUCAGGCAGGUGGAGAAUGCAUCAAUCCAGGACUACAUUAAAGAGAGCAGAAAUAUCACCGAGCUGCACGGCCAAAUAACUGCGUGUGACCAGAUCCUGGAGCGGAUGGAGGACAUGCUGCAGACGUUCCAGUCGGACCUGGGCAGCAUCAGCAGCGAGAUCGUGCACCUGCAGCAGCAGUCGGUGGACAUGAACCUGCGCCUCAAGAACCGACAGGCGGUGCGCGGCCAGCUGAGCCAGUUCGUGGACGACAUGACGGUCCCGGAGACCAUGAUCAGGCACAUCAUGGAGACGCCGGUGACGGAGCGGGAGUUCCUCGAGCAGCUGUUCACCCUCGACCAGAAGCUGAGCUUCGUCAAGGAGCAGAGCUUCAGAGAGGCCAAGUCAUGCCAUGACGUUAACGACGUGUUAGAGAAGCUAAAGGUCAAGUCCAUCUCCAAAAUCCGGGAGUACCUGCUUCAGAAAAUCUACCAGUUUCGAAAACCGAUGACGAAUUUCCAGGUCCCUCAGAACGCCAUGCUGAAAUACAAGUUUUUCUACAAGUUCUUGGUGGCCAACGAGCGGGAGGUGGCCCGUGAGAUCCGGGACGACUACAUCGAGACCAUGAGCAAGGUGUACUUCAGCUACUUCAAGUCGUACUCGGCGCGCCUGAUGAAGCUCCAGUUCGAGGAGGGCCCGACCAAGGACGACCUGCUGGCGGCCGACGAGGCGGCCGCUCGCUCCCUGUUCGCCAGGCCGGCACUCAAGCACCGCGCCACGGUGUUCUCGCUGGGCGCGCGCGGCGACGUGCUGACCAGCCUGGAGGCGGCCGUGAUCGUGCCGCACGCGGCCCACAAGGCCGACACCCGCUACCCGUUCGAGAGCCUGUUCCGGAGCGUGCAGUACGCGCUGGUGGACAACGCCUGUCGCGAGUACCUGUUCCUGGCCGAGUUCUUCAUGGUGCACGGGAGUGCCGCGCAGGACCUGUUCGCCUCGGUCAUGGGCAAGACGCUGCACAAUCUGGCGAAAUCCGUGGACGUGCUGGUGGUGGACUGCUACGACAGCAUCGGACUGUUCCUCUGCAUCCACCUUAUCCAUCGGUACCAGCUCAUGUGCCACAAGCGGGCCGUGCCGGCGCUGGACAAGUACUGGGACAUGCUGCUCAACUUGCUCUGGCCGAAGUUCUGUCACAUCAUGGAGCUCAACAUCGCCAGCGUCCGCCAGUGCGACCCCUCCAAGCUGGGCGCCAUCGACGUCCGGCCGCACUACAUCACGCGGCGCUACGCCGAGUUCUCGGCCGCGCUGGUCGGCAUCAACGAGUCGUUCCCGUCGGAGCGCGUGAACCGGCUGCUGGCGCAGCUGCAGGCCGAGCUGGAGAACUUCAUCCUGCGCCUGGCCGCCGAGUUCAGCCGUCGCAAGGAGCAGCUCAUCUUCCUCAUCAACAACUACGACAUGAUGCUGGGUGUCAUCAUGGAGCGGACCAAGGACAACAGUAAGGAGUCCGAGAGCUUCCGUGACCUGCUGGCCGUGCGCACGGCCGAGUACGUGGAGGAGAUCCUGGCGCCGCACUUCGGUGGUCUGAUGCAGCUGGUGCGCGACGCCGAGGCCAUGGUGGAGCGGGCCGACAUGGACGCGCUGCGAGCUGAGGAGCGACGGAUCACCACCCUGGUGCGCUCGUUCGCUGCGAAUUGGAAGAAAUCUCUGGAAGAUAUCAACAACGAGAUCAUGCGGUCCUUCACCAACUUCAGGAACGGAACCAACAUUCUGCAAGAUGCGUUGAAGCAGCUGAUCCUCUACUACAACCGCUUCCAGAAGAUCCUGGGGCUGCAGGCUUUGAAGAACCUACCAGCCCGGGGAGAAGCCAUCAACAUCCACCACAUCAUGGUGGAAGUCAAGAAAUACAAACCAAACUAUUAAGUGUGAUAUAAACAUUGUGCAAAGCCCGCAGCGGCCCAAGUGUAGCGACUGUGGAUGGCAUGGCUAUUGACACUACGCAAGGCAAGGGUGGAGCGUCUUGGAACAUUCCUUGUGAUGGCAAGACGCAAUUGUGCACGCUAUUUAUUUAUCAGGACUGUUACGUCAAAUCUGCGUCGAUCAGGUGUGGUGGUAUCGUGUACCGGCCAGACACACCAAUUUAAAAAGCGUGUUAUAUCUUGGUUGCGGAGCUGAGUCCUUGUGGAUUCCCCUACCUUGGGUACUUCUAGUGAUCAUUUGUUUGUUUUUGUAUGUGUGUUUAAAAAAGUGCUGCAAUGUG